AUGUUCUAUGCAUUCCUUCUAACAGCUUUAUCAAUACUCUCACAACCAUGCCUACUGGAAUCCUCAGACAUUGGAGUGACGCUGGGCGAUUCGGCAAUUUCACAACUCCUUCGUCAUACCGCUUCCAAAUUUCUCGAAGAGACGCGAGUUGCUGAUAUUCUGCUCAAGACCAAGGAAACGCCAGCAUUCGGACCCUUGGCUCAUUUGAAGUUGUUCAAUACUGUCUCAUAUCGUAAUGUUUCGGUGCAAUUCCAUCCGAAAAUCGUGCACGUCUUCUUCGAACGGCUCAAUGUCAUCUCUCAUGCGAAUCUAUCAGAUGUCCUCUGGCCGAUCGCCUUUUCCGACAGCUUCAUCGAUUCUCACGUAAAGGUUCCUCGCGGUCAUCUGCGAUUUAUCGUUGAAGACGAGAAACUCACUCUCUCGACGUGUGCCCUCUACAACCCAGACAUUUCGUUUCGCCUACGCGACAGCUGGCUAGUGAAUAAGGGAAUGUCUGCUCUUGGCUCAGUGGUCUCGUCACUUUUCGAAUCGGCGAUUUGUUCCAUUAUUGAUUCUUCGACGUCAGAUCUCAAGCACAAUAAGGAAAGCAAAUUCCCGAUAUACGAAUUUCUGCCGAAAAAGAUUCAGGAGCAUAUGGCGGCGAGGAAUACAACUCUAUUUUAUAAAGUGAACUCGAUUGAAGCCGACAAGCAUCAACUCAAAGUUCGCGCUCAAAUCGAGUGGCAGACAUUGUCACCUGAGCCGAAUGAUGAGGCUUCGAAACUUCUCUCUGGUGAAGAAAUCGCAAAUUCGAGCACAAAGUUAUUGGAUAUGGAGAUGAAAGAUGGCAAUUUGGUGACAAUUUGGCUAGAGGAUAGUAUUUUAAAUGAAAUACUCGAUCAGAUUGAUUGGAAUUUUGAAUGGAUGAAUGAGCAAAUACCGGUGUCAAGUCCAAUAAUUCCACCAGAUUCACGCGAAUUCUUGUUCACUUUGUGCACCGAAUGCUAUUUUCAAGUGAAUGUCAAUGCCGAAGGAACACCCACGAUUUCAGCUACUAAUGAUUCUCUAGUCUUAACAAAAACUGAUCGAAUCCAUCUACAAGUUGUGAAUCCUCAUCGAAACGUCACUUCAGUGUUUGUGUCGCUUGUGCUGACAAUUCAAGCGGGAUUGACGCCGUCGUUUGAUAAUGGAACGUUGAGAACUGGCGUUGAACUUCUUGAUACGAAAAUCGCAAUGAAGAAAGGAGCAUUUCCGAAAGCUUGGGGUCUGUUCAUGGAAGAUUUGAUUCGCGGAAUGAUCAUGGACAUGAUGUGGCCCGAAUUGAAAAGCGCCAUUGAGGAUCUGACGUAUGGAAAAGGAUUGAAGAUCAGCAAGAAUUGCGGAAUUGAUCCCAAAAAUGCGCAUAUCGAAAUUGGCGAAGGCAAUUUCUCGUUGAGCACCCGACUUGUUCUCCCAUUGCUCCGAAGCGACGCCUGCCUCAAAGAUCUGAAGGCGGCGAUUCCGAACACCUCGAAACUUUUGCAAAAAGCUUCUCUAAAGAAGCGUUAA